AUGCCACCAAAGAUAUCAAGGGAUUAUACAAAAAUUAGAGAACAACUAAAAACUUUUUUGACGGAGUGUGUAAUAGUGAAUGAUACAACUGGUGAAAAAAUAUUUAAAUAUAGGAAACAACUAACUAAUAUUGCUCACCGUGAACAAGUAAAUUUAACAAUUGAUUUAGAUGAUAUUAAUGAAUUCGAUGAUGAAUUAGCAAUGUUAAUAGCAAACAAUACCAGAAGAUAUGUCAAUUUACUUUUAGAACUUAUUCAAGAGAUGUUACCUGAUUUUAAAGAAAGACCUGUACCACCAAAAGAUGCUUUAGAUGUAUAUAUUGAACAUAGAUUAUUAAUGGAAGGUCGUAAUAGACAUCUUGGAGAACAACGUGAUCCAAGGAAUAAAUAUGCUCCAGAACUUAUGAGACGCUUUGAAGUAUAUUUCAAAGAUUUUGAUACUGCAAAAGCAUACUCUGUGAGAGAUAUAAAAGCUGAUAAGAUAGGAAAACUAGUUACAGUACGUGGUAUAGUAACAAGAUGCAGUGAUGUAAUGCCUUUGCUUGUUGUUGCUACAUACACAUGUGAUCAAUGUGGUGCUGAAACAUUUCAACCAGUUCAAUCCCUCAAAUACAUGCCAUUACGAGAAUGUCCAAGUGAUGAUUGUCGUAUAAAUAAAUCUGGUGGAGUAUUAGAUAUGCAAACAAGAGGAUCAAAAUUUGUAAAAUUUCAAGAAUUAAAAAUACAAGAACAUAGUGAUCAAGUACCUGUAGGCCACAUUCCAAGAACAUUGACAAUAUAUUGUAGAGGUGAAAUAACAAGAAAAUGUUUACCUGGAGAUCACGUACUUAUUACGGGUAUCUUUUUGCCUAUUAUAAAAUCUGGCUUUAGUGCACGUGUCGGAGCAGCUCUUUUGAAUGAAACAUAUUUAGAUGCUCAUAGAAUCGUUUGUCUCACUAAUUCACAAAGUAUUAAUGAUAGUGCUGCAAUAUUAACAGACGAGGAAUUAUCUUUAUUAAUGGAGGAUGACUUUUAUGGUAAACUAGCUCGUUCUAUUGCUCCAGAAAUUUAUGGACUUGAAGAUGUUAAAAAAGCACUUUUAUUAUUAUUAGUUGGUGGUACAGACAAACAUAGAGAAGACAUCAAAAUUAGAGGUAAUAUUAAUAUUUGUUUAAUGGGUGAUCCUGGAGUUGCCAAAUCUCAGUUACUUUCGUUUAUAACAAGAUUAGCACCUCGAUCUCAAUAUACUACUGGUAGAGGAUCUUCCGGAGUAGGUUUAACUGCUUCAGUUAUGAAAGAUCCUUUAACUGGUCAAAUGAUACUGGAAGGUGGAGCUUUGGUUUUAGCUGAUGAAGGUGUUUGUUGUAUCGAUGAAUUUGAUAAAAUGGCAGAUGUUGAUCGAACUGCUAUUCAUGAAGUGAUGGAGCAACAAACUAUAUCAAUUGCCAAAGCAGGAAUUACAACUCGCUUGAAUGCAAGAGUUUCGAUAUUAGCUGCGGCAAAUCCUGCUUAUGGUAGAUAUAAUCCAAGAAGGACAAUUGAGCAAAAUGUUCAGUUACCUGCUGCUUUAUUAUCACGAUUUGAUUUACUGUGGUUAAUUCAAGAUCGAGCAGACCGUAGUAACGAUUUAAAAUUAGCUCAACACAUAACUUAUGUUCAUCAACAUUGUAUACAACCACCCACAGAAUCGAACACUUUGGAUAUGAACUUAAUGAGAAAAUAUAUUACCUUAUGCAAAACCAAACAGCCCGUUAUUCCAGAAGAGUUGACUGACUAUAUAGUCGAAUCUUACGUGGAAAUGAGAAGAGCGGCUCGCAAUAGCCAGGACAAAACUUUUACUUCUGCGCGUAAUUUACUGGGACUAUUACGUUUGUCGACUGCACUGGCGCGUUUAAGAUUAUCAAAUGUCGUCGAAAAGGCGGAUGUCAUUGAGGCGAAUAGAUUAAUAGAGAUGUCUAAGCAUUCUAUUAACUAUUCCGAAACAUUAUCCACCAAUGUUCAACAAAAUCCAAUGAAUCGAAUUUUUCAUCUUAUUAGGGAAUUAUCUGGUGACAAGAAAACCGUUAAGGUAUCAGAUAUAUUGGAACGCUGUACUAGUAAAGGAUUUAAACCCGAUCAAGUUAACGACUGCAUCGAAGAAUACGAAGCAUUGAAUGUGUGGCAAGUGAAUCAAACAAGAACACAAAUUACGUUUAUUUAA